GCUACUCCCUUGCUCGACAACCCAACGACACACGGCGAGGCGCGUGCUUUCCCCCGGUAUCUUCCCCCGCUGCAAUAUUUUCUGGGUCGAGUACUUCGGAAGUUCUUCCCGAUGGCAACCCGACCUUCAAGUUUUGCACACUACGUGUCUUCGCGCGACGCCAUGCAACUUGAAGCCGCACCGCCGCUCAUUUCUCUCGCCCGCGCGCUCUCCCUUCCGCACGACCGUGACGGCCUCGCCGCGAACAGAUGGCUCGGCGAGCAUGCCGACAGACGCAAGGCGAGCCAUAGCGAGGCCGAGAAGAGCAAGACGACGACCGGCGAGCGCCUCGUAGAUGCGCUUCGGGGCGCUGUGCAGCGCCGCGAGAUGAGAAUGCGCGAGGAGGGAGUUGAUGAGGUGAAGUUUUGCUUCAAAAUAUCUUCUUCUGGUCAAGAAUCAUCCACUGAGGCGAUGCAGGUACCAGACGGGUGGCCCUGGCCGACGCCUCUACCGCAUGAGCUUGCGGACGCCUCGAACACACUCCCAGUAGUGCCAGCUCGCAACGUGCCGGCGCAAACUGCGGUAUUGGACUCGGACGUCGCCAUGGUCAGCGUAGUCCCGCGGGUCGACCGGGCUGCGGAGCGCUUCGAGCGGCAGGAAGCCAUGAUCGAAAACUUGCAUGAGCGUGUGCAUGAUCUGUUGGAGGACCGCAAGGAGAUGAAGGAGCGAUACGAAGAACUGUUGACAGCGACGAAAGAGCUGCAGGAGAUGCACGACGAAUUGAAGAGGGCGAAUGAAGAGUUGAGUGGCGCGAAUGCAAGUCUGCAGAUGAAGUUGUCCGAGUUGGCGUCUAAAGGGAGUGUGGAUCCACGCGAAGCAACGAUGCCAGGGCAAACUGUCUCCCCUGCGGUGGACCCCGAGAGACGCCUCUACCUCGAGUUCAUGGCAUCCCUCCCCUCGCCACCGCCCACGCGUCCCGCCUUCCGCGAGCUGCAGUCGGUAUUACCACGCGUUCGUGACUGGUACCGCGUCGCGAAGCAAGAGGGCAACUCGGGAUCCACGCGCGCUUUCCUGCUUCUGGCGGGCCGCACGGUCUGGUGUGAUGAUACCCAGAAGACGCAUGCGCUGGCCUUUGCGCCCCAGGUUUUUCUCUGCUACUCGGGGCUCGGCAGGGCGCCGGAGUGGCUGCCGAGCGGCGAGAUGGCGCGGCGCGUUGGCGAGGAGGUGGAGCUGUUUGUGGCGCUGCGGCCCGGGAAGGAGUCGGAUAUUGUCAUUGAAGACGCACGGGACGAUGCAGUGUACUACGCGGGCGUGUACAAGGUGCAUAGUCUCCGGUCAGUGCACGAACCAGGGUCGGCGGUCCCGCCUGAUGUGUCGAUGUAUCAUUUCCUGCGCGCGAUGAAUGUGGAUGUCGAGAUCCCCGGCGAUAUGUCUCGGCGUCAGCUACGGGAGAUCCUACGGAAGGCGCUGCCAGAAGGCGAAGAUGAGUUGCCAGGCGUCGAAUGCUUUGGACUGCAGUGUAUUGGGUUUGAUGCGGGGCUCUAUGAGACGCUGCGGACACAGGCAGCAGUGUGUGGCGUGAAACGGUGUGCGAGUGAGGCUGGGGUAGAUGGUGGGAUUGUUGGCGGCAGGACCCGCAGGAGGGUGAAGGGUUGA